CAGAGUGCGCCAUUUCUCCCCGCCUCUUUCCCCACCUUCCUCGGGCUGCCAGUACUUGACGUGGCGUCACCGCCCUCUUACCCUUACUCUGCGUGCGUGUCUCUGUGUAGCGGAGGUGGCUGCGCGGGCAGGUCGGAGUUGCGCGCUGCUGCUUCUGGUGCUUCUGCGGCGGUCGUAGCUGCUCGGCAGUCUAGGGCUUACGGAGCCCACGAGGCGCGAGGCUCGGAGCCCUUCAGAAGCCCACACAGCUAGGCGCGGGGCCUGGCGGGAGGGCAGGCGAGAGCGUGGUGGACGGCGCCGCGCGGACGGGCGGGCGCUAGUGAGGGAAAGAGGCGGGGGUGGCUGGUUAGCCGCGGGCCGGGCCGGCCCGGGGAUGUCGAUGCCUGACGCGAUGCCGCUGCCGGGUGUCGGGGAGGAGCUGAAACAGGCCAAGGAGAUUGAGGACGCCGAGAAGUACUCCUUCAUGGCCACGGUCACCAAGGCGCCCAAGAAGCAAAUCCAAUUUGCUGAUGACAUGCAGGAAUUCACCAAAUUCCCCACCAAGACAGGCCGGAGAUCUUUGUCUCGCUCCAUCUCACAAUCUUCCACUGACAGCUAUAGUUCAGCUGCAUCCUACACAGAUAGCUCUGAUGAUGAGGUUUCUCCCCGAGAGAAGCAACAAACCAACUCCAAGGGCAGCAGCAAUUUCUGUGUGAAGAACAUCAAGCAGGCAGAAUUUGGACGCCGGGAGAUUGAGAUUGCAGAGCAAGACAUGUCUGCUCUGAUUUCACUCAGGAAACGUGCUCAGGGAGAGAAGCCUUUGGCUGGUGCUAAAAUAGUAGGCUGUACACACAUCACGGCCCAAACAGCGGUAUUGAUUGAAACACUCUGUGCCCUUGGAGCUCAGUGCCGCUGGUCUGCCUGCAACAUCUACUCGACUCAGAAUGAGGUAGCCGCAGCACUGGCUGAGGCUGGAGUUGCAGUGUUCGCUUGGAAGGGCGAGUCAGAAGAUGAUUUCUGGUGGUGCAUUGACCGCUGUGUGAACAUGGAUGGGUGGCAGGCUAACAUGAUCCUGGAUGAUGGGGGAGACUUAACCCACUGGGUUUAUAAGAAGUAUCCAAACGUGUUUAAGAAGAUCCGAGGCAUUGUGGAAGAGAGCGUGACUGGUGUUCACAGGCUAUAUCAGCUCUCCAAAGCUGGGAAGCUCUGUGUUCCAGCCAUGAAUGUCAAUGAUUCUGUUACCAAACAGAAGUUUGACAACUUGUACUGCUGCCGAGAAUCCAUUUUGGAUGGCCUGAAGAGGACCACAGAUGUGAUGUUUGGUGGGAAACAAGUGGUGGUGUGUGGCUAUGGUGAGGUAGGAAAGGGCUGCUGUGCUGCUCUCAAGGCCCUUGGAGCAAUUGUCUACAUCACAGAAAUCGACCCCAUCUGUGCUCUGCAGGCCUGCAUGGAUGGGUUCAGGGUGGUGAAACUAAAUGAAGUCAUCCGACAGGUCGACGUUGUAAUAACUUGCACAGGAAAUAAGAAUGUAGUGACACGGGAACACUUGGACCGCAUGAAAAACAGCUGCAUCGUAUGCAACAUGGGCCACUCCAACACGGAAAUUGAUGUGACCAGCCUCCGCACUCCAGAGCUGACCUGGGAGCGAGUACGUUCCCAGGUGGACCAUGUCAUCUGGCCAGAUGGCAAACGGGUCGUCCUCCUGGCAGAGGGUCGUCUACUCAACUUGAGCUGCUCCACAGUUCCCACCUUUGUUCUGUCUAUCACAGCUACAACACAGGCUUUGGCACUGAUAGAACUCUAUAAUGCACCUGAGGGACGGUACAAGCAGGAUGUGUACUUGCUUCCUAAGAAAAUGGAUGAAUACGUUGCCAGCUUGCACCUGCCAUCAUUUGACGCCCACCUGACAGAGCUGACAGAUGACCAAGCAAAGUAUCUGGGACUCAACAAAAAUGGGCCGUUCAAACCUAAUUAUUACAGAUACUAAUGGACCAUAUUACCAGUGACCAGUCCACAUGAACCACACAACUCUAAUAGAAUAUUUUUUAAGAUAACUUUUAUUUUCUUCUUAAUUCCUUUCCUUUUGAUUUUUUUUUCUAUAAUUUCAUUUUCGGUUUUUCAUCUCAUUAUUCAAGUUUUUCAGACCACACAGGAACUUGCUUCGUGGCUCUUUAGAUGAAACUGAGGUUCAAGGUUUCUCACCCUAGUCACUUUCAAAGAAGGAUUUUACUCUCCCAGCCCAGAAAAUUGAUUCUUUCUUAACCAUUUCUGGGUCUUUGGGUCUUAAUUAAUUAUGAAAUGCUUAAUUAACAGGAAAUGCUAAGGUAUCUUCUAUGUGGAACAAUCUGCAAUGUCUAAAUUGCCUUAAAAGAGCCCAUUUCUUAGCUACUGAAACCAGUGCUCUUUCUCUUCUCCAGAGGAACCAUGAUGGCACUUACCAGCCAGGUAGGUUAGAUGUAGGUGGUGCAUGUCAGUUUCCUUUAGAAAUUCUCAGCCCUGUUUCCUGUGUAAAGAUGGCAUGUCUAGCUUGGAGAUGCUACUUGUUAAACCCAGUAGGUUCACUUGGAUUUGUAGUUCAGCCUUUCCACAAGCCACUCAUUGUUCUAGUUUUUAACUAAACUACAUUCUAUCAAGUUGAAUUUUGGCCCCUAGCAUUCAUUUUUGUCGUAUUUCUUUUGAUUAAGGAGCAGUUUUAGUGUUGACACUGAGGAACUGCUCAGGUGGUUAGUUACCAGUAUCUCUUGAACCUUUGAGGCAAAAGAGUGAAAAGCUGAGUCUAGAAAAAAUACUAGUCUCAGACUCUGAUAGACCCUCUGUUUCUAGCCCAUAGUUUAUAGCAUCAGUGAACUGGAGCCAUAAGCAAAAUUUCUCAGCUCUGCCCAUACAGCUUAUGCUGAAGGCCAAUUUCUCCAGCCAUUAUUCAGUAUAAAACACUGAGAGCUCUAUCUUUAGGAUUUAUCCUUUAAGAGCAAAUUUGUGGUCAGCUAUGCUUCUGCAACCUAAAAUAUUUAAAGGGAAGUCAGUGUGGAUGGUAGAAAGAAUGAUAAACUGAGCCAAAGUGAAACAAUCUGCAACAGUAGGCCCUGUCUGAUGUUAGAUUUAUAGACACUAUGCCACUUCUGAUUGACACAUGCCACAAAAAUUUUAGGAGCUAAGGUCUUAAAGAACAAUUGGUAGAGAAAAUACAUCCUGACUUGUGCUCCAAAAGAAUCUCAGAGAGGCUCUCUAAAAGAUCAGAGAGAUUUUGUUCCUCGUGCCAUGCACUCUGCUUACCAGCAUUUCUGCAUGGCCAAAUGAGCGUCAUGCUCGUGAGCUUUAAACUAUAAUUAUCCAAGAUUUUAAAUCCUCAACGUGCUCUAGCUUGUGAUCCGUCAAAGUUGGGUCAUGUGUUAAUGCUAGGUACUAGAAAUUUUUACUUCUCUCUUUCUACUGAUCAGAGAAACAAACAUUAAUAACAGAAAUAUAAGAAAGGAAAGCUUUACCCUGCACAUUCCUAGCAGGGAACAAUUAUCUUGCCAAAAUUUUUUCCCCUUUCCUCUCCCAUUUCUCCCCUCCAGUCCCUUCCCACCCUUGCUGAUGUGAUCAUGCUUUCUUCUCUGUAGAUGCUAACAUUUGAAGCCCUUUUUCCCAGGGCACUUAACCAGCCAAUCAGAACACCACAUUGAUUAGAGGUGUUACCCUGGCCAACAGUGUAUUCAUCUGGCCAGCUCUGCUGGAGGGAAGGGGCCCCCGUCCUGCUACCCUCUAGUGUGCCCUCUGGUUCUGUAUCUAUUUCUGUGUCCAUAGGAAUAGGUAAGGGCUAGUCUCUGUCAAGCCAUGUAACAAAGGACACUGGAAAACGUCUGGCAUCAGAGGGAACAUUUGGAGACCAACUUGGGAGGAAAAUACACAUUUUGUAUUGAAUGAUUUUUAAUGAAUGCAAUAUUAAUCCUUGCAGAUGAGCAAUAAUCAUUAAAGUCAAUUGAAAUGAUAAGA